AUGGCGUCGAACAAGAAUACUUAUCCAGUCUCCUCCAAUUCUCGCAAGAAGUUGAAUGCUUUUCGCUACCAAGACGACGAUUUGCCUACGAAUUCGACAACGUCGAAAGAUGGGACCAAUGAGGCUCAUCGCAACAAGGAAAACCAAAGCUCGUGGUUGAAUGGUGUGGUGGAAUCAAUGCAGACGUCAACAGAUAGACCUGAACCAGCUGAACAGCCUGCAGCCCCAAACGCCGUGGCAGAAGCUUCGAAAGAAUCCAAACCGGCUAAGGAUUGUCCACAGACCCCCGGAAACCGAAUACCUCUGGCGGAUCUAAUCAGCAAUGCUGAAGACUCUUUCAACCCCGCUCCAGGUCCUGAAGUGACACCUGUUGAUCAUGUCAUUUGGCAGCAUAUUCCAGCCAGCUCGAAUCCCGACUCAUCAUCCCAAACACCGGCUGGUCGGAGGAGGAAACGACGACAUAGCUCCUCGCCCCCAGGAUCUCCAUCGAAAGACAAUUCAUCAAAAGUCCCAAAGGAGCCACUUGAUCUACAAUCAAUUCAAGCGCUCUUCAAGACUCCCCAGCACGAUCUGGCUACAGAGUUAUGGAACAAUUAUAUGGAUAAAAACAUGGUCGGGAACUCGGAAGAUCUUCCAGCGCCACGUCUUGCCAAUCUCCUCUCCUCUUCACCUCAGACCCCAGGAUCAGGCCGAACAAGUCGCGAAUCUUCCGGAUUAAGGCGCUCGAUUAGUUGUGCUGCUGAAUGGCCAACUUCUUGUGCGAAGAGAAGACGAGUUGUGCGACAAGAACCCAACUCAGGCCGAGGAAUAUUCUCACGCACAAACAGCAAUGUCCUGGAUUCGGGCAAAGGGAAAUCAUCAAGGAUCAAUUUUCUCCUUGACAAAAUUGAGCGAAGUCUUAAACCAGCUCAGCCAGCCGAAGCGGGCCCGCCGAACUCCUCCCCCUUGCGACAACGUCUCGACGCGGAACGAUGUCGUUCAUCUUCCCCGAUUGCUGAUAGAAAAGGCCAAGGGGACACCGCUGCAGCUCAAAAGCACUUAGCUGAACCUGAAAGCAACCCCGGUGUUAAUCUAGCGCCGAUCCUUGAAGGGUCUUCAUCGGAUUUUGGUGAUGAUGAUCUCGAUCAGGACUUCAUGGACUUGGCCGAUGCCUCAGAAGAUCCAUUCGUUUUCCCUCCCGCAAGCCGCGAUAGUGGCAAGGAGUUUGGCUCUUUUGGAUCUAGUUGGUCAAAGCUGGCCGCAGAGAAGCCAUCUUCGAGCAAUCUCAAGCAAUCAUCGACUACUGAUAAGGAUUCACACAUUGUGAACAACAUCCUGAAUAAAGAAACGAAGCCUGAUGAUUCAGAUGACUUCGAUGACGAUUACGGAGAUUUCGACGAUAUUCUUGCGGAGUGUGAUGAAAAGCCGGGAAAAAUCGAUUCAUGCAAACCUACUACUGUGGAGCAACAGACUGUGAAGAAGCUGGAACCAUCCCCUGUCCCCUCAAUGGUCCAAGUCCUCGCCAAGUCAGGCACACCAACACCCGCUGCUGCGGAUACGUUUUCUGAUGAUGAAUUUGACGACGAUUUUGACCUGGAUGCUAUUGAACAAUCCAUGAAGCAGACAGGUACAGAUGGAGCCUACAAUCUCAAAGAUCGCAAGGCUAUCAAGCGUUAUUCAAUCGUGGACAUCGCUGAAGGUGCGUAUGUGAAUUCAAAAGGACGUACACAGCCUGAGCAGGUCCUCUCGGUUGAAGAUGAAAAAACGAAAGCCCGCAAAGUCAUCGUACUGCGUGAGACUUGGUUCGAUACUCCCUGCAACAGGGACUCAACCCUUCAUUUGGUUGGAGAGUUUGACUCAUCUGGACUAUGCAUAGUGGAUAAUACCAACCACAUGGUUAUUCUUCACCCUGAUCAUCUCAUCUCCGCUACGGUUGUAGCGGACUCAAUUGACUGUCAGCGCCGUGCAGUCAUUCAAGAUCGUAUUAAGGCUUUUUCUCAACUUGAAGCACCACAAGUCUUUGGAACUAUCUUCCACGAAGUCUUUCAAGAGGCACUCAAAGCGAACCAAUGGGAUAUGAAUGCUCUUGGGUCCCUGGUAGACGUCGUUCUUCAAAGACAUAUUGAAGACCUAUACGCAAUCCAGAUGAGUGUACCCGAAGCCACUGAGAAUGUGAUGAGCAAAAUUCCUACGGUGCAAGCGUGGGCCGAUGUUUUCCUUCAUGCCGAACCACGAUCCAACUCUAUCGUUGAGGACCGUCAUAAUGCAAAACUCAAUUUGAGUAUCAGCAAACUGCUCGAGGUGGAGGAGCACAUCUGGUCCCCAAUGUACGGACUCAAGGGCAAUAUCGACGCUACAGUGCAAGUUGCAUGCAAUGGUGAAGACGGCAAGAGAAAUCUCGUGGUCCCACUCGAACUCAAAACUGGAAAACGAGAUACAAAUCAAGGGCAUAGAGCCCAAACGGCUCUUUAUACAUUGCUUCUCUCGGAUCGUUACGAUAUCGAUGUGACUUUUGGUCUGUUGUAUUAUCUCGAGCUCAACAAAACCUUCAGUAUUCGGGGCAUCCGACACGAACUACUCCAGAUGGUGCAAGUGCGCAACCGCUUGGCAGUUUACAUUCGCGAGAAAUUGCAGCUUCCCCCUAUGCUUAAAAGAGCUCGCAUGUGCAAUAGAUGCUAUGCGAAAACCCCUUGCCUCAUAUAUCAUAAGCUGUUAGAGGGAGGUGAUGGCGAAACAAGCGGCAUGGGGGAAGAUUUUGACGCAGUUACUAGCCAUUUGACCCAAAAAGAUCGCGAAUUCUUUAACAAAUGGGAUGAGCUUCUAACCAAGGAGGAGGGAAACUUGGCCAAGUUUCGACGCGAGCUGUGGACCUUACUGAGCAGUGAGCGCGAAUCUCUCGGUCGUUGUUUUGGAGACGUUGUUAUCGAUCCUCACUCAGCCUUUGAGGAUAAAAAUGGAUCCAGGAUCAAUCGCUAUCGUUAUACUUUUACUAAAAAGCAACCUUCUCCGGGCUUUACUUUCGCAGAGUCCCAGGUCACCGUUGGCGAACCAAUCGUUGUUUCUGAUGAAAAAGGACAUUUUGCCCUUGCCAAUGGCUAUGUCCUUCAAGUGAGCAGGCUGCAUAUCACUGUUGGUGUGGAUCGAAGUCUGCUCAACAGUCGAGCACGCACUGCCGGGUUCCACCCGGUCACAAAUCAGUCCUUCACGGGCAUCAUGGAAGUUGAAAAAGAUGGAGAUGAUGUGCUCGAAAACCCUCUUGAUGAACGGGUGACUUACCGAUUGGAUAAAGACGAGUUCAGCAAUGGCAUGGCCAAUAUUCGCAACAAUCUCGUCUGCAUGAUGGACAAAGAACUCUCUCAGGCAAGGCAUCUCAGGCGGCUCAUCGUCGAAGGCGAACCCCCAGUGUUCAAGCCUUCGUCGUCUGCAUACACCAUCUCCGACCCAGAAAGCCUCAAUGUUGAUCAAAAAAAAGCCAUUGAGAAGGUGAUGAGUGCCAAAGACUAUGCUCUUAUUCUAGGGAUGCCAGGAACCGGCAAAACAACUACAAUUGCCCAUCUCAUACGUGCACUCGUCGCACAAGGCAAGAGUGUUUUGCUGACGUCCUACACUCAUACCGCGGUAGACAACAUCCUGCUAAAGAUUCGCGAUGACAACAUUCGAAUCCUUCGUCUUGGUGCAGCCACCAAGGUUCAUCCAGAAGUACAAGAGUUUGUUGAUUUAGCAGCAACCCCCAAAUCGACCAUCGAGGAGCUCAAAGACUCUUACGAAAAACCACAAGUUGUGGCAUCAACAUGCCUGGGUGUUAAUCAUCAAAUCUUCAACCAGCGUAUCUUUGACUAUUGCAUUGUCGACGAAGCCUCACAGAUUACCCUUCCUGUAUGCAUAGGUCCUAUCCGCAUGGCGAGAUGUUUCAUUCUUGUCGGUGACCACUAUCAGCUUCCACCACUAGUCCAAAGCAAGGCCGCGGCAGAAGGCGGACUCGAUGUUAGUCUCUUCAAGCUGCUGUCCGAUUCCCAGCCUGAUUCAGUCGUCAACCUGGAGCACCAGUACCGCAUGUGUGAGGAUAUCAUGCUACUCUCAAACACGCUCAUCUACUCGGGUCGCCUCAAAUGUGGCACGCCAGAAGUCGCGGCCCGUUCAUUGCAAAUCCCAAACAUCGACGCUCUUGAACAAUUCCAUUUCGAUGAAUCUCAUACUUCCCAAUCUGUGCAUCAACAACAUGUGUGCCGGGGGCCAAAACACGGCAGCUGUUGGUUAGACGACUUGUUGGCACCAUCGGCAAAAGCACUGCUGGUCAAUACCGAUCCCCUUGGACCUGCAGCUCUCGAAACUCUGCAAGGACAACGAGUUGUCAAUUCCUUGGAAACUAUUCUAUGUACGCAGCUUGUCGAGGCAUUCAUUGCCUGUGGUAUACCGGCCCGAAACAUCGGUGUUAUCACCUUUUACCGCAGCCAGCUUGCACUUCUCCGACAUAGUCUUCGCCGGUACGCCCCAGAGCUAGAGAUGCACACCACCGAUAAGUUCCAGGGUCGCGACAAAGAGAUUGUGAUCCUCAGCUGCGUCCGCAGUAACUCAGAAAACCAUGUCGGUGAGCUAAUGCGUGACUGGCGUCGCGUAAACGUCGCCUUCACUCGUGCCCGCACCAAGCUCCUUGUCCUCGGCAGCAGAUCCACUAUGCGUGAUGGUAACGAACUCCUUCGUAAAUAUGUUCGCCUCGUUGAAAGCAAAGGCUGGGUUUAUAAUUUGACACCAGGCGCUGCCGAGAGUCACUCUUUCCAGUCUGACAUAUUGGACUCCUCACAAAUGCCUUUUGCGUCUCCGGGUGCCGCCAAGAAGAGAAGUCCUACUGUCAAGAAUGAAAACCAGUCCCGUGAGCCACUCAGCCCUCUCGGUUCGAGACAACCCGCUUCGAAUCUUCGAGUACCAGCAAAAAAAGGAGCAAAAUUGAUGAGUGGCAAAACAGUCCUGGGGAACAGACCCAUCCUUCAAGACAUUGUGAAUGAUACUAUUGGCUAA